AUGUCAGAAGUUGUUAUAGGGCGAAGCUUUGUGCUGAGAAUGGCAAGACUCAUUGACGAUACCGACUACGAUUUCGGCGAAGCGUCUGGGGAUGUGCCGAGUCCACGACCCGACUUUGGAAAUUAUCAUGCAUACUAUGGAGUCCGGACAAGGUGCGCUCCUCUAGAUCCUCCUGCCAAUAUGACCGAGUUGCGAAAACUAGGUUAA